AAACGACCAGCAACUCAAGCUACAGCGCCCGCUGCGAUUCCAUCCGUUUGCCCCAACAAGAGAGCCAGGCCGCCAAGACUGCGUCCUGAGGAGGCGCCCACUGUUCAUGAGAGCACUACAACUGAGCAGGCCAACGUGAUUGCUUCAAACCCUUCAAGUUCAUCCCCAGGCACAGUGUCCGUGGAUGUCAACGCAAUCACCGCUACCAUUUCUGCCGUAAUUACACAAGCAGUAAAGACAGCCUUCUCACCCGAGAAAUUGGCUUCGCUGCUCGACAACAACUCCCCAACACCAGUAGUGACGCAAGCACCAACUGGACUUUUUGAACAGGCUGUGGAUGAGGACGUCAAUGUCAUCACCAAUCCUCAGUCAGGUAUUGGAGCAGUUGAUCCUAUUUUUGACUUAGUUAACACAGGUACAUAUGAUCAAAGACCACAAGUUCAAUUCACGAGUGUUUCUGUCCCUCUUGCUUCGAGAGUGAGUUCCAAAAUCAAAGCAAAAAUUUGGGCAAAAAAAUAUAUUAAUUUCGGGUCGUUAUUGUCUGAUUCACCUCAGCAGGAGGGGAAAUACUCAUUAUCUAUGUCACUGUCAGUCGCCGGUUCUUCGAGCCAGCCUCAACUGACGCUUGAACCCUGCCACGUUUCUAAGAAAAUAACCAACAUUUCACAGUUGAUCUCUGCAUUUAAUAUUUUCGUUUCUGUUUACGCGGAAAGAUUUAACAAUUACACUCCUCAAUUAAUGAAGUAUUGCGAGGUGGUCGAGGAUCUGGCUUCAAAGGACGGAGAUUGGCAUUGGUAUGAUGAACAAUUUCAUUCCAUAAGACAAUCGGCACCAGAGCAGUAUCCAUGGGAUAGGAUACAUUGGGAGUUGUGGUUACAGGCGUCAAAUACUUUUCGCAAACUGCAACCGCCCACCAACAAACCAAUUCGUUCCGAAAGGCACCUACGGUGCUUUCAAGCAGGUAACCAAUGUUCUGGAUGCAAAUUUGAACACGUGUUUUAAAUGUGGUGGAAAACACCCGGGCGGCCAGUGCUCAGCUUCGGCACCAAAAAGUGGUUUUCCUUUCAGUUCAAACGGCAAACGAGAUAGUACAUCGGGUUCUCCACAGCAAGCCAGUCAUGCCAGUAAGAGUGGAUCGGCUUGAUUUUUUGCUGCAUGGUUAUGACAGGGUUUUCAAACAAUUUCUUGUUGACGGUUUUCGUUUUGGUUUCAGUAUUCAUUUUGUUGGUGAGCGGUUUUCGUCUGAAUCUCCUAAUCUUAAAAGCGCUCUGGAUCAGCCAGUGGUAACG